UAUGGAUCACAUCGGCUUAAAUGUGGCUUCAGGGGAAGCAGGUGACGAGACGCUGGGACCACACUUCAUAGACGUGGAAGAAAUAAUUGAUGUAAAUGAGGAACUACAAGACAGUGAAGAGGAGGAGCGAGAUAUCAAUGAACGAGAGGAGCUCAGGAGGAGACUCUGUCUGGUUAAAACCAGAUACCGACAGGAGAGGGAGCUCCAUGACCACAUGUUCAAGCAUGGACUGGCACUUGAGGAGCUCAUGAAUGAGACAGCAGCUGAGAAUAAAUACCUCACCAGCAAAAUGAAAGAGUUCCAACAGCAGAUGGCAAACAUAAGAAAAAUGUGGGAGGAGGAGGAUGAAGAAGCUCUGCGCCAGGAGCUUCUGUCUGAGGAGGAAAACACUGUUAAGAGCCAACUGAUUUACAUAAGGAAGAAGGAGAAGGAGAAUCAGAAGCUGAGAGAGAGAAAUGAGGAGCUGACUGCUGAGCUGCACAGAGUCUCUGUGGGAGACAUACAUCGGGGAGAAAUUCAAACUCUAAGAGCAGCUGAACAGAAAUACAAGAAAUUUGUGAUCUUGAUUAAAAAAAAUAAUGAGGAGUACACAGAGUAUUUCAACACAAUUCAGGACCUCAGACAGGAACAGAGAGAACUUCAAGAUGCGCUGAGCAGCAGACACGAGGAGCAUGCAGUAGCUGCACUGAAUCUCCAAAAUGAGUCAGAGACACUAAGUGAACAGAGACAACCACAGGUCUCUUUAGCAGAGGAUAAAGAUGACGUAAAGCACAAAGAUGAGAGGCCACUGAAGACUGAAAGCUGGUGGCACCGUUGUGCCAAGGCCCUGCGGAAAGGAGUGAAGGUAGCAGGAAUCAUCACCCCUUGUGUCUUACUGUCUGUGGGUCUCAUGGUCUACACGACACCUGACUGCCUCAGUCCAGAUCCUGACUGCAGCCUGUGGAACAUCGCUUUUGACCUGCUGCUGUCCUACAGCGAGCUCUGUCACACACACACUCCUGUUUAUUAAAAUCUAGUUACAUUUCUGUGAUGUUGCACUGAGUUCUACUCUACAUGAAGGCAAAUGAACUUGCUUGAGGUUUUGGAUGCUUUGUGUCUCAUCUGAAAGGCUUCUUCAGUUCUAACUGACUGGUGGAGAAUCCCAGGGGCCAGAUGCACAAAACACCACAAGUCUGAAUUAACGUUUCCUUAAAAUAAAAAGAGUUGCUGUAAUUUACAAACAAAGGAAAACGUUUCAGAGAUUCUGAGCAACACCCUUAAGUAACUCCCUCAGCUAAAGAGAAAUUAAACCAUAAGUGAUAUACUUAAGUAGAAAGUUAAGGUGUUUUGUGCAACUGGCCCCAGGGAUUUAAACAUGACUUGAGUGACACUUACAACUCAUAUGAUGGCCCAGUGGAUCAGUGACUCACGUGUGACCUUAACGACUCUAAUGGUGAAAUCCCUGGGACUCCCCAGCAGUCAGUUAGAACUUUAGAAGCCCCUCAGUUGAGAGAUGAAAUGUCUUCAACUGGGAUCGCAACUCUAAGGGAGAAAAGACGAGAGCCAAAAGACAAACUGUGACAAUAUCCCUGUGGAACCACUGAUUUUUGCAUAAAAAGCUUCUUCUUUCUAAGCAUGUCUGUGUGACACCAGAUGGGACUCCGCUGAGAGGUGGAGCCCUAAUUGCAGCACUCACCUUCUUGAAGUUAAGCAAUGAAACAAUAAAUCAAGCAUUAAUUAAUGAUGCAAUGUGAAGCAGAUAUACCAGAGAUGGUAUGAUAAUGAGGAUUGUCUCCCUUUUCUGUCUGUGGACAGAUGUUGUCACCAUGAUAGUGUCACAACCAUGAAAAAUACAGUCAUGAAACUUUGGGUGUGUAGUUGAGAUCAAAAUGAAGGCCGAAUAUGAAGAUAGGUGUGGUCUGACAAUUAGUACUGAGUACUCAUGUAAUAUUGUAGUUAUAACUACUGAGUACUUGUAUGUAGUAAUAAC